CAGGCCAGUAACACCAGUGCAGCACUGCAGUCGCAUCUCACAGCAGAAGAGUUUCCCUCGCCUCCACAGCUCCACUCUCAGCUGGGAAGACGAGCUCGUUUCUAGGCCAUGUCCACCGGCACCGCGUCCUCCCGGCGGCCACACGUGCUCGUCGUCCCGUUCCCGCCGAUGGGCCACCUCCUGCCGCUCCUCGACUUCGCCCACCUCCUCUCCACCCGCCACCACGUCCACAUCACCGUCGCCGUCACCCCGUCCAGCCUCCCGCUCCUCUCCGCCUUCCUCGCAUCCACACCUCUCGCCGCCGCCCUCCCGCUCCCGCUCCCUGACCCUUCCGCUCCCGAGCACGCCGGCCAACUCGCCCCUGGCACCCACCACGCCCUCCUCGCCGCUCCCCUCUCCACCCUCCGCGGCCCGCUCGUCUCAUGGGCCCGGUCGCACAAACACCCGCCCACGGCCGUUCUCUCGGAUUUCUUUCUCGGAUCGGCGCAGCUCGUCGCCGAUGACCUCCGUGUUCCGCGGGUCGCGUUCUACGGCGUCGCCGCAUUCACCACCGCGGCGCUCGACCAACUGUGGAACGGCACGCUGCCGCUAGACCCGAACAGUCCCGCUGUUCUGAGUGCUCUCCCCGGUUCCCCGUCUUUCCCUUACGGGCACGUGCCGUCGGUGGUGAGGAGCUACGUCCCCGGCGACCCGGACUGGGAGCUCGUCCGGGAAGGGUUCCUGCUCAAUUCCAGAGCCUGGGGCGCCGUCGUGAACACGUUUGAUGCGAUGGAGGGCGACUUCUUGGAGCACCUGAAGCGGCGCCUGGGGCACGGCCGCGUGUGGGCGGUCGGCCCGGUCGCUGACCCCGGUUGCCGCGUAGGGGAGAGGCCGACGGCGGAAGCAGAGGAGCUCUUCUCUUGGCUCGCCGGUUGCCCCGCGCGUUCUGUGCUCUACGUCUGCUUCGGGAGCAUGUACAAGCCACCGCCGGCCCAAGCGGCGGCGCUGGGCACAGCGCUGGAGGCGAGCGGCGUGCGAUUCAUCUGGGCGGUGGGCGCGGACGUCGCAGUGCUGCCGGAGGGGCUGGAGGAGAGGGCUCGUGGCAUAGGACGCGUCGUGCGCGGCUGGGCGCCGCAGAUGGAGUUCCUGCGGCACGCCGCCGUGGGGGCGUUUGUGACGCACUGCGGAUGGAACUCGACCCUGGAGGGCGUCGCGGCAGGAGUGACGCUGGUCGCGUGGCCGAUGAAGGCCGACCAGUUCAUCGAUGCUCGUCUCAUGGUCGACGUGCACGGCGCAGCGGUGCAUGCCGCGGAGGGCGAGGACGACGUGCCUGACUCGACCGCGCUGGCGCGGGUAUUCGCGGGCGUUGUGAACGCAGCAGAGUUGGGUGGGCUGAGAGACAGGGUUCGCACGCUCGCCGCGGCUGCCGGGGAGGCGGUGGAGGAAGGUGGCAGCUCGUGGCUGGACUUGGAGAGGAUGGCGAAGGACCUGGAUGCCGCGUCGGGGCCGUAGGAGAGGAAACCGCCGGUGUGUAUAUCCCUGUCUGCAUGUGCGCCAUGUUUGUAUUCCCCAAUAAUAAUUGUUUGUAAUAAAGGGAUUUGCUUGCUACUUGAACUAAGUUCGUGGUCAAUUAAAUUCUACA